AUGGCGGCGGCUAACUCGUCUUGCUCCGCUUCUCUCGGGCUGCUGCUGGCCGCGCGCUGCGCCCUCCUGCUCGCCCUGGCCGGCGCCGCUAGUGCCGGCGGCGGCGUGGCGCUGAGCUCCGCGUUCUACGACGCGUCGUGCCCCGGCGCGCACGACGUCGUCCGCCGCGUCGUCCAGGACGCUCGCGUCUCCGACCCGCGCAUCCCGGCCAGCCUCAUCCGCCUCCACUUCCACGACUGCUUCGUAAACGGUUGCGACGGCUCGCUUCUGCUGGACGACGACCUCCCGGCGAUCCAGACCGAGAAGACCGUGCCCGCCAACGACAACUCGGCCCGCGGCUUUCCCGUGGUGGACGACAUCAAGGCCGCGCUCGAGCACGCGUGCCCGGGCGUCGUCUCCUGCGCCGACAUCCUUGCCCUCGCGGCGGAGAUCUCCGUCGAACUCGCGGGAGGGCCACGAUGGAGCGUGCUGCUCGGCCGGCGAGACGGCACGACGACCAACGUGGAGAGCGCCAAGAACCUGCCGAGCCCCUUCGACCCCCUGGACGUUCUCCAGGAGAAGUUCAGAAACGUCAACCUCGACGACACUGACCUCGUCGCCCUCCAAGGAGCGCACACAUUCGGCAAGGUGCAGUGCCAGUUCACGCGGGAGAACUGCACGGCCGGGCAACCCGAGGGCGCACUGGAGAACCUGGACGAGGUCACACCCAACCUCUUCGACAACAAGUAUUACGGCAACCUGUUGGAGGGCCGCGCCCAGCUCCCCUCCGACCAGGUCAUGCUGUCCGGCCCGGCCGCGGCGGCGACCACUGCUCCCAUUGUUCAUCGGUUCGCAGGCAACCAGCAGGAUUUCUUCAGGAACUUCGCGGCGUCCAUGAUUAAGAUGGGCAACAUCAGCCACCUAACAGGGAGGGAUGGAGAGAUUAGGAAACAUUGCCGGAGGGUCAAUGGCAAAGGCUACUGAAGGCUCUCCUGGUUCAGUACGAUUGGUUUUCUUUUUUUUUUUCUUCAACCAAUUGUGAUGAUUCUUGUGUAACAUUUUUUUCUCGUUCUUUGUAACAGCCACUCGUUUGUCUUUUUUUUUUCCUUUCUGGAGAGCAAAUGUAAAAAUGUUUUACACCACUAGUAUACUCAUUUCAACAAAAUUGUAUUUUGUUGGAGACUCAAGCCAAUGCAGUGUUGAACAUAUUGU